AUGUAUUGAAAAUGUAUUGAAAAUGUAUUGAAAAUGUAUUGGGGGCAGUUGUGGCCUAAGGGUUAGAGAGUCGGACUUGUAACCCAAAGGUGAACCUGAAGGUCAUGGGUUCGAGUCUCAGGUCUGGCAGGGUUGUAGGUGGGUGGAGUGAAUGACCAGCGCUCUCUUCCACCCUCAAUACCACGACUGAGGUGAGACCCUUGAGCAAGGCACCGAACCCCCAACUGCUCCCUGGGCGCCGCAGCAAAAAAGGCUGCCCACUGCUCUGUGUGUGUGUGUGUGUGUGUGUGUGUGUGUGUGUGUGUGUGUGUGUGUGUGUGUGCGUGCGCGCACUUGGAUGGGUUAAAUGCAGAGCACAAAUUCUGAGUAUGGGUCACUUAAAUAUUCAAAUAAGGAAAUAGGUGAUUACGUAUGCACUUGUGUAUCACAAAAACACAUUUUUCAACUAACAGCUCCAAUGUAAAGACUACUCACAAUAUUAAGAAUUAUGAAGUCAAUUCAGAUUCUAACUGUGUAUGAAAUUAUGCAGCUUCAUCAUCUUUUUGAAAUCUUUUGAAAUUAUGCAGCUUCAUCAUCUUCAGCCACCUCUUUUGAAGUUUGAGAAAAGUGACUUGGCUCAGGGAGAAACAGAUCACUUUGAUUAAAUGGCUAAUGACCAUGAUGUCACAUGCUCAUUAGUAACACUAAAUCGCAGGAAACAACUUUGAAAUGAAUAAUUAGGCUACACCAUCUAAGAGCAUGUCUGUGCAUAGACUACACAAUUAUUGCUUAAGGGAGAAAUUUCAAAUAAGCUGUUAACUGUUAAUUUAAAAAAAAGUGUCAUUAAUGGGGCUUUUAAUAGAAAAAGUACAACUAUGAAUUAUUUGCAUUAAUAAAGUUCCUUUUACAUAUUGUAGAGGUGGCAGGAUAUAAUGAAUGUGAUUUUUGUAAGUUAUCACUAAGCCAGUCUUUCCAUUAUCUCAUUUUUAAAUUGUGAUCGUUAUUAGUUGCUGUCUAAUUCAUAUGUAUGAAGGGUGUAAUGAUACUGCAUAGUGUAUCAUAUCAUUCGAUACAAGGCUCUUGAUUUGAUAUGUCUGUAUAUCGAACGAUGCAUAGUCAGUUUGCCUCUGUACACUACCACAAUGAAUUUGAAAUAAAUCAAUCUAGAUGUGAUUGCAGUAUAGACUUUCAGCUUCAAUUCAAGGAGUUUAACAAAAUUGUUGCAUUAACCGUUUAGGAAUUACAGCCAUUUUUUUACAUAGUCCCUCCAUUUUCACAGGCUCAAAUGUUAUUGGACAAACUAACAAUUAUAAAUAUAAGGAUUAUUUUUAAUACUUCAAUGCAAAUCCUCUGCGGUCAGUGACUGCCUAAAGUCUGGAACCCAUGAACAUGACCAUAUGCUGAGUUUCCUCCCUUGAGAUGCUUUGCUAGGCCUUUACUGCAGCCACAUUCAGUUGCUGCUUGUUUGUGGGUCUUUCUACCUUCAGUUUUGUCUUCAAUAAGUGAAAGGCAUGCUCUAUUGGGUUGAGGUCAGGUGACAGGCUCGGCCAUUUAAGACUAUUCCAUUUCUUUACCUUAAGAAGCUCUUGGGUUGCUUUUGCAGUAUGUUUUGGGUCAUUAUCCAUCUGUACUGUGAAGCGCUGUCCUAUCAGUUUUGCAGCAUUUGACUGAAUCUGAGCAGAAAGUAUAGCUCUGUACACUUCAGAAUUCAUCCUGCUACUUCUAUAAGUAGUCACAUCAUCAAUAAACCCCAGUGACCCAGUUCCAUUGGCAACCAUACAUGCCCAUGCCAUAACACUGCCUCCACCAUAUCAUAUCAAAUAAAAUUUCCCAGUUUGUGUGUGUGUGCCUGUAGGAGGGAUGGUAUGGGGCAGGGUUAUUUUGGGAUUCAUGUAUAUUAAAAUCCUUUCUCCCUGUUUUCAAAAUAAUCCCCCAUCACUAUAAAUCUCACAUAUUCAGAGGGGCUUUAGUGAAUUGUAAUCUCAGAGCCAACAACAAGGUUCAGUGAUUCUGGUUUCUUCUGCCUCUUAGGUGAAAUCUAUUUCAUUCCCUUCCUAAUCCAAAUCAACAGCAUACCUGUAAACACAAAUAAACAGUGCAGAAAGUCCCACUUUUAGAGAAACUUGGGGCACUUGUUGAUGCAUGCCAAUGAAUGGUACUGGAUUAAGAACAGAUAUCUUGAAAUGGGGUUGGUUUAAACAAUUAGACCAUAAACACUGGGUCACUAAUACCUAGAAGGGAAGCACCUAUAAAGUUGAACUACACUUAUUUGGAUUGUACACCAACUUUUUGAAUAAAGCAUUAAAUAGGUUUAUACCGCAGUGCUGUUGAAUGAUCAAUUCUGAUUGGUCAGAAGGUGUAACAGCAGUUCUUAAUAGUGCCAGCUGCAAGGUUUAGAUUAAUGCACUUGAUACAAACUGACUUAUUCGUAAAUCGUUCAUACAAGCAUUUACACAAGAAAUUCAGGAUUCAUGAAAAUCCCAUAAAUUUGGAAAAACUUUUGUACCCUACACGUGCUCCUGAGUGUGUGUACAUUUAGGCAUUAGAAGACUAACUAAUGUAAACCUCAAGUUUAAAUUGCUUAUUUAUUUCAAUUAUACACACAAUUUUAAUCCUGUCAUUUCAUAUUAAUGACAUUAUGGAAGUAUUAAAUAUUAUCAAAAUAAAGACAGCAAGCCAACUCAAAUCCAGUUUAAGACCUUUUCACUUUUUUCAGUGAUUGGCAUAUUUGCUUUAAACUUGAACUCAUGCCUGUUACAGUUGCGGCAAUGUCCUCGACCGCUCUGGCCAUUGCAUCCUGCUUUCCCAAGACAGCAUUGGCAAGUACACUUGGUUUCUCUCCAUAUUUUGGCCUUUGGCCUCAGGUGCUGUAACUCAGCUGGUUAUACUGCUAAAUAAUAUAUAUUUUUAUUAGAUGUGAAUCAAAACUACUUCCACUUCUACCUCUGAGAAAUUCUUCAUUUUUUGGAUGUUUAGUAAUCAUUUUGCACGUUCUGCUUUGUGAGGUUUGUCUUCUAUGGCCUUUUGUGGGCGUCACUAAAUGCAAAUCAGCUGUGCUGUGCACAAGGCCGGUAAUUUUACGGGUGAUUGUCAUUUAUCAACAUACGCACAUGAAUGCAAAGGAAAUAGGCUUUUUCAGAAAUGUUUGUGUAUUUGCCAGAAAUUCUUAGUUCGGUUUGGCUUAUGCAAACAUUUACACACACUGUUUUUUGAAGAUCAUUUUUUCACAUUUUUUUGAAAGGAGUGCCCAGUGUCAGUGCUUUGUAACAGUCAAAGGUAAAGAGGUAAAGUCAGAACAUAACAUGACAAGCUGUGUUUAUUAUUAUUAUUAUUAUUAUUAUUAUUAAUAGAGAGCCUGGACAUGAAACAACGUUUUAAAGCUGUUAUAAAGUAAGUGAUCAUAGUAACCAACUUGUUUUGUGGCUGUUCCACAACAUUAAACAUUACUAUAGAUGAAUAAAAACAUGAGGUGUCACACUUUACUAAAUAAAAAUGUAAUCAUUGGCAAAUUGCUGUGGUGUGUAAGGAAAAAAGGAUAAACUGGACAAUGAUCCAAAACAUAUCUCAAAAUCCACUGUGAACUACUUCAAGAAAUUUUGGAAUGGCCCUCACAUCCCCCUGACUUAAACAUCACUGAAACUCCGUGGGUCGAUCUUAAACAUGCUGUGCAUGCAAGACGACUCAAGAAUAUCUCAGAACUAGAAACGUUCUGCAAGGAAGAGUGGGUGAAAAUUCAUUAAACAAGAAUAGAUACCUAGCGAUUCCUAGCAAGUUCAUCAAAUUAAAAAGUAACUCUGCAUUAAUAUUUGCAGAAUUUCUUUUUAGGUUUGCUGCAGAUUACGCCAAAGGAAGUGUUUACUUCCUUACACUUAAAAAAUGAACAAAAUGUGUCAUGUGUAAACAUUCGCAUACAACUGUAAAUAUAUGGAAUUUAAUGGACCUUUAGAGAAGUAUAGUAAAGGCUUUACUUUAUCAUGUUUUACAGUAGCCUAUUUGUUUACAUUUGUUUUUCUAGCACAUAAAUCGGUGAUUAUUUAAUCUCAGUCAUACGAAAUAGGAAAUAUCUGAUAUUUAUACAGACACGUGUGUCCUAUGGGUAGGCAGCUCCAAUGAGUUGUCCCUGAGAAAGGCUUCCAGAAAUGGCCAGCUCAGCUCAUUCAAAUGACUGUGGCUUUCAAUGUUCACAAUAAAUAUGCAUAAUCCUGAUUUAGCCAAUGUAUGACUGGGUUAGCAAAUUGUGAUCUAUUUUAUUUAGAGCCAACAAAUGUGGGAUCUGGAUCAUUCUAAUCAGGAUUCAAGAUUGAAGAUUAGGAUUUUUUUUUCAAGCCUUCAUUCUUGAACACAGCCCUGGAAAUGUGAGGCAACCACCACUGGGUCUUAGCAGAAGAAGGUGUGUGUAUACCACAGUUUCUUCACUGAUUGCUCAUAGCUAAUGCUUUGUUUUUCAUUUAUGUUUUUUUUUGAACAUUUAUUUAACCAAAUAUCUCUUCAAGCAAGAAGGCAGUCCAAUGUGGCUUGCUAUAUUUCUAUAUUUUUUAAUGGGUGCUCACAAUGACCUAAACAUGUAUGAACUCUAAUCUACUUCACUCUAUUACAGUGUUUGAUAGCAAUGCGAAACCGAAGUGUAUUGUGCUUUAAACAUACCGUAUUAUGAGUCAGUUAAAGAGGAUCAUGUAUGCUACGUUUAAACUAGUUUAAACAUCAUCAAAAACACUAGUAUUGAGAAGGAGGCUUUAGUUCUUAUUCUCUUUUAGGAAGCCAUCCCUCUUUCCCACACAGGAUUUAUCGGUCCAUAAUCCUUUUGUUUUCCUCCAUUGCAUAAACAACACAAACCAGCAUUUAAUGCAGGGUUAUGACCUGAAGUUGUGCCCUGCUCAUGCAGAUGUCAGACCUAGGUCUUGUGGGACAUAUAUUUAUAUGUGGUGACGUGAAUAACGUUGAUUAUCUCAUUACAGUGGCACCUGUCAGGAGGUGGGAUAUAUUAGGCAGCAAGUGAAUACUCAGUUCUCGAAGUUGAUGUGUUGGGAGCAGGAAAAAUGGGCAAGUGUAAGGAUCUGCGUGCCUUUGACAAGGGCCAAAUUGUGAUGGCUAGACAACUGGGUCAGAGCAUCUCCAAAACGGCAGGUCUUGUGGGGUGUUCCUGGUAUGCAGUGGUUAGUAACUACCAAAAGUGGUCCAAGGAAGGACAACCGGUGAAGCAGCGACAGGGUCACGGGUGCACAAGGCUCACUGAUGUAUGUGGGGAGCGAAGGCUAGCCUGUCUGGUCCGAACCCAUAGACGAGCUACUGCAGGACAAAUUGCUGAAGAAGUUAAUGCUGGCUAUGAUAGAUGUCAGAACACACUGCUGUGUAUGGGGCUGUGCAGCCGCAGACCGGUCAGAGUGCCCAUGCUGACCCAUGUCCACCGCCGAAAGCGCCUACAAUGGGCACGUGAUCAUCAGAACUGGACCAUGGAGCAAUGGAAGAAGGUCUGGUCUGAUGAAUCACAUUUUCUUUUACAUGUGGACGGCCAGGUGCGUGUGCGUCGCUUACCUUGCAUUCAAGGUGUUGAAUUGGUCUCCAAAUUCCACAGACCUCAAUCCAAUCGAGCAUCUGUGGGAUGUGCUGGACAAAAAAGUCCGCUCAGUGGAGACCCCACCUUGCAACUUACGGGAUUUAAAGGAUCUGCUGCUAAUGUCUUGGGGCAAAUAACCACUCUUUACAACUAUAUUGAGCAGAAAAGCAUCUAAGAAUGCACAUCAUGUGGAACCUUGAGGCGGCAGCAGACGGCAGAGGACUACAUUAGGUUCCAUUCCUCUGAGCCAAGAACAGGAAUCUGAGGUUGCAGUGGGCACUGACUCACCCAAACUGGACAGCUGAAGUUUGGAAAAAGACCAGGUGAUGUUUUUCCAACCUUCACCUGUCCCAUUUUGGUAAAACUGUGCCCACAAAAGCCUCAGAUUCCCCAGGCCACCAACUUAGCACCCUGUAAACAACGCAAAAUAAAAGCAUAUAAUCGAACCGUCAGAGGUCUCAAGAAAUUUUUAUCACGUCAGAAAAUUUAAUCAGUUAUUAUGUACUGUGAGCAGUGUCAUGGUCAGAUAUACAUUUCAGAAGCCUAGUUAGCACCAUCAGGUAAAGUCUGUCUGUGACUUUGCUAUCAUCAGCGUGGUGUGGUUGCUUGGUAACCAUAUUCACUUGCUGUAGGCUUUGCAUGGUGAGUGACCUGCUUGUUUCAUGAGUUUAAUUCAACAGCAAGCAAGUCAUUAAGAGGAAAUAAAGAUCACAAAAGCACCCAGGUGAUGGAAGUAGAACUAUUUGAACAGCCACAACAGUGUCCUUCAUGUCUGCUAUUCCUUGGCCUUCCUUUUAUUUUGAAUUUUCAGAACAUAAAACCAUGCAAAUUGAGCGCUACCUACUUGUCAGCAUUUUUAUACUGAUGAUUACUGGCAUUUAAUUGUGGAUGUUUGGACACUGUAAGCACUGGUCAUGAGGUAUCAUAUAGUAUGAACAACUUUCUGAUGUGGUUUUCACCUGUACAUGAAGAAAUCAAGUCACAUAGCAUGAGUAGUCUGAUGAAAAGAUUUCUGUCAUUGUACAGUGAAAUUCCAGUUUAAGGGUCUCUGUACAGCUCUGACUGAGUUGGUUAUUAGCAGCUAUAAUAGUGUAUGUUAGGAAAAAAUUUAACAGUUAAUGGAGGUUCUCCUCGAGCAUACUUUUUGAUGAUGCACACAUUUUGCUGAUUUUGUGUCCCUUGCUUUUUAAAUAUUUCCUAUGGUAAAUGAGUCAUUCAAGUCAUGUAAUCAUUCUUCAAGGCUAUUUCUACAAAGCAAAAUAACCAUACAUACUUGAGUUGUGUCCAUCAAGGACAAGAUUCAGAAGCAAGAUCCUUGACUAUGUCGUUCUCUAGUGUGUGUGUGUUGUGUGUGUACGUGAAAUCCACCUCGACCCUGAUCCAGAUAAAGCAGUUACUGAAAAUCAAUUAAUGAAUUUGGGGUUAAGUCAGGUGAGUGAAUGUGGACAAUAAUAAUAAUAAUAAUAAUAAUUAUAAUAAUUAUUAUUAUUAUUAUUAUUAUUGACAUAACAUUUCACAUAAACAAAAGAGUCUGCUACUUAGUUGAUUAGUUGUACAUAAGUACAGGUUUUAUGAUGCAAUUGGCAAAGCAGACAAAUCCAAAUGGCAGAGAUGGUUCAAGCAAUCAAUAAAUAGGCUAGAACAGGCGAGGCAAACUCGAUCAACGAAACAGAAAAGAUCAAUUUCAGAACUGAAUACACUCAAUAGUAAAGGCUUGGUAACCUCACUAGUGAUUAUCUAGAAGCAAUACUUCACAAUGAAUUGAGGUUUCUGGUGUGUAUAUGUAGUGAACAAAUGAUUGGGAACAUGUGUAACAAGUCCAGUGAGUGAGGUAACAUGUCAUAUGAUUUGUUAUUCACUGGAGGAUUCUAAAAAAAUGUAGUUUUUGUUUGCCAACGGAGUAUCGCCUUAGUGUCCCUGUCAGCAGGAUAAUUAAACAGCUCUCAUUGAUUAUGCAUAUUUAAAGGCAUUAGGUAUUACCUUAACAGUUUUAUAAGUGCUGUUCACAAGGUGGCAGGUUUUGUAACAAGAUUACUGAGCUCUGUAGUGUGCAUAGCCCUGAGCAGAGUGGAUUAUUAGAAGCUUAUCCUGACGUGGCACAGAGCAUAAAGACUGGCAUCCUGGGAAACUCUGUGCUAAUGUAGCUACGUUUACUUUUACAGUACAUUAUUCAUUUGGCAGACGCUUUCAUCCGAUUGAGCCGAGCAGUUGAAGGUUAUGAGCCUUGCUUCAGGGCAAUGAAAGCAUGGUGGUACCAGGAUUCAACCCCACAGCCUUCUGAUCAGUAGCCGAGAGCCCUAUCCACUGAGCCCUCACAGCUUUAUUAUUAUAGCUCCUAUCAACUGACUUUUCCUGUGUUCUUUAUGUGUUCUUUAACACUGGUCACAUGUAAAACAGUAGGUUUGUCAAAGUGUUAUUCCAGCCACAUUUUCCAGCUAUAUUCUCCUCUCUUCAAUCUUUCUUCUCCAAUAGAGAUACACAACACGAUCCAAUCCAAAACCUCCUACAGCUUUCCCACCGCUUUCUCACAGGUUCUAGAAAGUUCUCAGUUCUAACUGCAAAUACUUAUGUCACAUUUCUAGUACUUUCUACAAAGGCAGAAAUCCAAACUAGCUCUACGAUGGAGAAAUUUCUAAAUAAAAGUUUACACAUUAACAGCAACCAAGGGUGUUAAUCAGGUAGAAUUGCUGCCUCACAGCUUCAGGGCUGUCUGUGUUGAGUUUUGCGUGUUCUCCCCAUGUCCGCAUGAAUUUCCUCCAGGUUCUCCAGUUUCUUCCCACCUCCCAAAAACAUGCCAGCAGAUGGACUGUGUAAGCCAAAUUGCCCCUAGGUGUGAAUAAAUGUGCAAAUGUGUGUGUGCAUUGUGCACUACAGUGGCCUGGCAUCUCAUCCGGGGUGUCAUCCUGCCUCACACACAGCGUUUCCAGGAUAGGCUCCAGGUCUUCUGUGACCCUGACCACAACAAAGCGGUUACUGUUUCUUUUGCCUCAUGUACAUAUACCAUAUACACCAGUUAUUACCAGGAUGAAGUAUAUUUUACCCAAACACAAAUCUCCUAUUAAGGAAAAAACUGAUUAUCAAGAUAUUAUUCAGAAAGAACUAAUUUACAUGGAACUGUCAUGAUCUUCAGUAAAAUUAUUUUUGCCUUGGUUAACGUGGUAAACAACAGCUUCAGGUGAUACAGUUACAUAUAUAAAGGUAUGAACAGGGUCCAAUGCCUCUUGGAGACGCACCAUGAUCCGCUCUCUCAAAUCACUUUCAGACAUUUGAGACACAUGAAACAGCUACGUACGACUGUGGUUAUAUUAACCUGGGUUAUGUAAUCGCAGCUGUUACCGCAACCUAAACAUUUGCUUUUUUUCAAUGCCUUCAUCCUACAUAAUAGUUGACUGAAGUACUAAAGAUCUGCUUAAUUUAAUUCUUCACAUUGUCAUUAUGCUCUUGACCUGGUGACCUCAGUCACUGCAGAAGACAAUGUGAUGGAAAGAAAAGGUAGCAUUUCUCAUUUCUGCACAAAAGCUAGAGAAUCUUUGGUGUGAAUGGAAAAAAAAGCCUUGCUACAUCUUUAAAGAACCGAAGGUUUUCAUUGAAUUGAAAAGGUUAGUUUCCUGAUCUCAGAAAUUAGAGUGUUUUAACAUGGUUAACAAUGUUAAAUACACAAUGCAGAGUCUAGAUUACAAGGCUAAUUAAGGGUUUAUACCUAAAAACAAACACUAGAAACAUACGCAGAUAAAAUACUCAGAUAAAGAUAUCAUCAUCAAAAUAGGGUUGCAUUAAGACCACAAUAUUCCCUGAAGCUAUAAACCUAUAGCACAGUUGUAUACACCUCAUGCUUUAGCAUUCAUUCAUCUUCAGUGUCUUUAUCCCUGUCAGGGUCGCAGUGGAUCCAGAGUCUAUCCCAGGAACACUGAGCGCUACGCAGGAUUACACCCUGGACGGGAAGCCCAGUCCAUCACAGGGCACCAUGCACACACACAUACAUACACAUGCACACAUUCACACGCUUUCACACCUAGAGGCAAUUUAGCGUAGAUAAUACACCUACCUGCAUGCUUUUGGUAGGAGGGAGGAAAUAAAGUAUGUUUUAACAUGCUUGGUGUUCUCAUCAUAUAAUCAUACAUAAACUACCCACAUCAUGUACAUACUCAAACCCAGCUAACUCCAUGUAAAGGUAUUUUCUUAAACACAGAUAACUGUACAUGCGUACAUUAAAGGUUCCCCUCAUUUUCUGCAGGGAAAAAAAGGUCUGUAAUGGUUAAAUGGAUAGAGUUGAAUAAGACUUGAAUAUUUUUUACUGCCCCCAUUUGCACCCAUGUACAGAAAGCUCAGCCCCCCACUUAUGGUGGAACCACAGGGACAGGGUCAGAGGCACGAAAUGAGCGAAUACAGGCCUGGAGACACAAGCAGAGGCUGAGGCAAAGCCAUGCGCAGAAUCGAAGACAAGGCCCAGGACAGGAACAUGGGCUGAGUUAAGAUAGCAGUAGAAACUGAUAGAGCAAUAGAGGCUGAGUGUCUUGGGGCCAGCAAUUGAGAAAGCGCCUCAGGGGCUUGAUCCCAGAGCAGGUGUCUCAAGUGCUGGUGAUGUAGUUUGGCAUGAAGAAUACCUAACCCUAUGUUCACAUUAGCAGGCAACAGGUGACCAUUCAAUUUCUAUGGAUGUGCAUGGCCACUGCCAUGAUUUCAGCGACAGCAGUAAGUGACAAUGCGACAAUGUAACUAGCAAUGUGAAUUGAGAUGUUCUCCAUUCUGUGUAACUAGGUAUGAUGUAUUAAGUGACCAAUCCUAUGGUGUGUGUGAAGUUCAACUACCUGCAGUUAGUUCCCAUUUACUGUUUGUUGCACAACAAGAUGGAAGAAAAAGUUAUAACUGUGGUUUAAUCUUAUCCUGUCAUAUAUGACCCCUCUUUAAAUGUAUACAAGGGUUUUACAAAGAAAAAAACCUAGCAGAGAUCACUGGUGUCUCUGGUAUCUCAGCCUAUACAUUUUGUUAAUACAGUUUAUCAUCAGAACUAAGAAAAAAUCCUGGACAGUGCACGCACACACAAGUGACAACAUUAGUGGUCGCUACAUACCCACAAGAAACAAACUACUAGUAGUGAGAACAUAGGGUAAUACAGCCGAAGUGAUCCGUUAGGUAAAUAUCAGGAACAGAAUUAGAAAAUCAAUAACAGACAUUAUUUUAAGUUAUAUAAUAUGAAUGAAUGCAAAUGAAAAAGGUGGGAAUGAAUGGGAAUGAAAAAGUUAUUUGUUGUUGUUGUUUUUUAAACCCAGGGGAUGGCAUCCAGGCAGCACAAUGGUGCAACAGGUAGCCUUGGUUCCUCACAGCUCCAGGGUAAAUGGUUUGUUCCUGAACUCCUGUUACUGUCUGUGCAGAGUUUCACUGUUCUUCCCACAUCCAUAUACAUUUCUGGGAGCUGGAAUGGUAGCCGCUUGCAUCGAUCUCAAACCAAACCCUAGACUAAGGACAAGAGCUGUUCUAUUCCCUGUUCAGGAUCACACUGCUGCAGCUCAGCAUCCUAUCCUACUGCCUCUUCGCUCGCAACCUUUACUACAUGGGGCCAUGAGUACCGUGGGCCAUCUUCAGUUGUGGCCUAAUGGAUAGCGAGUCGGACUUGCAACCCGAAGGUGAACCUGAAGGUUGUGGGUUCGAGUCUCAGGUCCGGCAGGGAUUGUAGGUGGGGGGAGUGAACGACCAGUGCUCUCUCCCACCCUCAGUACCACGACUGAGGUGAGACCCUUGAGCAAGGCACCGAACCCCCAACUGCUCCCUGGGUGCUGCAGCAAAAAAAGGCUGCCCACUGCUCCGGGUGUGUUCACUACUGUGUGUGUGCACUUGGAUGGGUUAAAUGCAGAGCACAAAUUCCUAGUAUGGUUCACCAUACAUGGCCACACUUCACUUCACUUCUGUGGCAUGUACACGUACACACUGAAAGGUUCUGUGAAUUUAUAUUUUGCUCAUUAUAUCACUCUGAAAUAAUUUUCUUCUAAUUGCAUCCCUCUGGGUUUUCCCACAGCUUUUGUCCUAAUAUUGAGCAAACUUUUGAUAUCUUAUGACAUAUGUCUUAUGACAGCUAAGAAAAAAAACAACAGGAAAAAAUGGAGCAAGAGGAUACAUCUUGAGGAAACACUGAAUAGCCUCUGAUAUCUCCAAUAUCUUACACUAGAUUUCAGAGCACACAAGCACAACAAAAGCCCUUCUGUGAUUCAGCAGACUCUCACUCCACUUGUCUCAUGUUCCCACAUUUAGUACAUAACCGCCUUCAAGCUCAGAUGUUCCAUCAUAUUUCUAAUAAAGACAGACAGAUAGAUAAAGAGUAUGGGUGUAACACAAUGCCACUAUCUGUAUCUGUAUCAGUUUAGGACUCCAAAUAUCCAUAUCCAUAAUCGGCUUUUAAACCCAAAGUGGAUGUGUCCUAACACCUUUUUUUUUUUUUUUUUUGUAUUAACCCUACCUGUGUGCCUCUGGAAACACUGGAAAACACUGAAAAAAAUCCAGACGUAGAAAUGCCAGCACUGUCAGCAUGUUUUGUUCAUAAUAAGUCUCAGCUAGAGACUUUUUUUGUUUUGUUUAUACCUACCUUACACGAUAUUUUCUCUCAACUCUCAAAUCAAUUUCAUUUAUAUAGCACAUUUAAAAACAACAGAGUUGACGAAAGUGCUUCACAACCACUAAAUCAAAAAACUGUAAAAUGACAAACACCAUUAACACACACACACACGUCAACAACACUACAAACUGCAUAUACAAAGUGCGAUCAAUAUCAGAACAAAUAUCUCUAGUACUCAAUGUUACUCCAAUUCAAAUGCCAAAGUAUAAAGAGGUGUUUUCAGCUGAGACUUUAAAAUUUCCAUUGAUAGGGCCAAGUGAAUACAAAAGGGGAGAUUAUUCCAUAAUUUAGGAGCAAGUACAGAGAAUGCCCGUUCACCCUUUGACUUUUGCUUAGACCAAGUGGCAGCUAACAACAUUUGAUUUGUAGACCUCAGAGGCCUAGACGAAAUAUAAAGGCUUAGGAGAUUUGUAAUAUAAUGUGGAGCCAAGUUAUGUAGUGCUUUAAAAACAAAUAAUAAAUCUUAAAAUCAACCCUGAACUAAAUCGGCAGUCAGUGAAGAGAUGAUAACACAGUAAGAUGCUCCCCCUUUUUUUUUUUUUUUGUCGUGUAGCCUGACUGCAGCAUUCUGCACAAGCUGUAGGCAGGACAGUUGCCACUGACAUACAGAGAGCUGCAGUAGUCCAAUCUAGAUAUAAUAAAAGCAUGAAUAAUUUACACACAGUUGGUGUGGAGCAUUUUGGGAUAUUUGGGAUCAGACAGCUUUACCCCACAGCAGUGAGGGUUUUGGAGAGUUACCCUGCAUUGCCCUGGUACACAUGAUCUCUGUAUUCAUAACCUCGGGUUGUAUUCUGUGCAAAGGCAACAAUUCCAGGAAUUCUGAGCCAGAAAAAACCAAGAGCUGAAAAAAGGAGAAGCAACAAAUCAUUUGUAGGGACAGGGUUAGAAUUUGUAGCUUUUCUUAAUCCUUUUCUGCAUCUCCCUUGUUUGUUGGAAUUCAUCAGCAUGUUCUCACACUCUCUCAAAUUCACAACAACUCUCACUACUCAAGCCAAAUGAAAAGUAAGGAAGGCACUGGGGUCAGAGGUGGAAUUUAGUGCUUGUAGCAUUUUCUGUGAUUUAAUUCCUAUAAAAUUCAGUAAAAUCCAAUAACAUUACCCUUGGGAGAUCAUGAGAUCAAGUACAUUUAUAUACUUAGGACAUGUUGGACCAUGAUUAAUUUUAAUAUUUUAAUCCUCUUCCUAAUUUUUGCCAUGCUAAACUGGUCUUCAUACUCUUAUGUAAAAAAGUUCCUCAGAGGUUCUUAUGAUAGUUACAGGUUCUUAGUUUACUGGUUUUACCUGAAACCCUCUCAGAAAGUCCUGUAAUAUCUCUACAUAAAGCCUCUUGGGACAAACCACAGAACACUCAGGGCUGCUGGAUGGAACUUUUUCCCCUUUAUGACCAGCUAGAUAUAUUCGUGUCUUAUUGUAAUAUUUUACCACAAAAAAAAAAAAACAUUUAUGUCUGGUUUUGUGAACACGAAGAAAAAAGAUCUCUUUGUAUGAUCUCCUAAAAAUCUUUAAAGGUUCUCCUGAUGGACUAACCUGCUAGGUAGAAUAUUUUUGGCAUGUUUUUAUGUGGACCAAAUGUCCCAGCAAGGAUAGGCACAUGACCCCCAACUGUUUCCCCCAAGAAAACUGUUGUUUUAUUUCUUGAUGUUUUUUUAAUAAAGUAAACUAAAACUUAAAAAUGCUUAGGUGUUUCCUUUAGGUUGCUGAGGUUAACUUUAGGGUUAGAUUUGUGUGUAGUAUAGCAUUAACUGUAUUCAUAAUUAUGUCAGUGCAAGGUUCUUACAAAGAUAGCAAGACAAACGUGUGUGUGUGUGAGAGAGAGAGAGAGAGAGAGAGAGAGAGAGCGAGCAUGUGUAGCUUUCUGAGCUCUGUAUGCAUGUAUGCAUGUACUGGUCCAUGCAUAUGGAGUGUGCUGUGUUGUUACACACUAUAACACAGCUAUAUGAAGGACUCUGAAGUCUGGUUGGAUCGUGCGCGUGCUCUGUCUUUACACCUGCUUUACACACCUUUUCUCCAGUAAACUUCUGCUACAGGCGGAGGAGGAACUCCAUUCCCCUUCUGCGUGAUGCUCAUCUCGCACUAAGCUCCACAGUGGCAUUUUCUCCUCUCUGAACUUUGUGUGCGGGGUUCCCCAUCACUCCCGAGCCGAACAGCAUGGCGGGUAGCGGACACACCGACGAGCCUUACUGGAACUACAGCAGCACGGAGCUGCUCGCGCGCACCACCCCGGUGUCUAUGAUUCAAACUCCUCGCUAUCCUUUUCCCACUGUGGAUGUUCCAGACCAUGCCCACUAUACUAUCGGCACUGUUAUCUUAAUCAUUGGCAUCACUGGAAUGGUGGGCAACUUUCUGGUCAUGUAUGCCUUCUGCAAGAGUCGAAGUCUAAGAACACCAGCCAACAUGUUCAUUAUUAAUCUGGCCAUAACUGAUUUCCUGAUGUGUGUCACUCAGACGCCCAUCUUCUUCAUUACCAGCAUGCACAGGAGAUGGAUCUUUGGAGAGAAAGGCUGUGAGUUGUAUGCAUUUUGUGGUGCUCUCUUUGGGAUGUGCUCUAUGAUCACACUAAUGAUCAUUGCUGUGGAUAGAUAUUUUGUUAUCACGCGCCCUCUGGCCUCCAUCGGCAAGAUGUCACACAAGCGUGCCCUUAUCGUCCUCGCCAUAGCCUGGCUGUACACCUUGAUCUGGAGCCUUCCUCCCUUUUUUGGAUGGAGUGCGUAUGUUCCUGAGGGCUUGAUGACAUCCUGCACAUGGGACUAUAUGACGUUCACCCCAUCUGUUCGUACCUACACAAUGCUGCUCUUCGUCUGUGUCUUCUUUAUCCCUCUGUUUGUCAUUAUGUACUGCUAUUGCUGCAUCUUCUGUGCUAUUCGCAACACCACCAGUGCUGUGGGUAAAAUUAGUAAGGAAGGAGGAAUCACCAAAGACUCAAUCAAAAAGUUCCAUCGAUUGAAGAGUGAAUGGAAGAUGGCAAAGGUGGCUCUCAUAGUCAUUCUGUUGUACGUGAUCUCCUGGUCUCCAUAUUCCUGUGUGGCACUGACAGCGUUUGCAGGUUACGCUGACUUGCUCACCCCGUACAUGAACUCUGUUCCUGCUGUGAUUGCCAAGGCUUCGGCUAUCCACAACCCCAUCAUUUACGCCAUCACGCAUCCCAAGUACAGAUCUGCUUUAGCGAGGUAUAUUCCAUGGCUGGGUGUGCUACUGUGUGUUCCUCAUGGAGAGCGCUUGACUAGCAGCAGUUUUAUGUCCACACGCCGCUCCACUGUGACCAGCCAGGCUUCAGAAACCGGCAACAGCAUGCGUCAAACCAGCAGGACGCGCCUGUCCUCAAUGUCCGACAGCGAGUCUGCUUUGACGGACACAGAGGUGGACGUGGCGAGUGCUCUUUCCCGUCAGGUGUCGUACGAGGGCCGUAAAGAUCUGUCCGACUUUAAGCAUUGCAGCUCUCUAAAGGUGAAGGUGAGGGGUCGAGACUCAGGCAGCUUCAACAGAAGUCCUGUUGAUACAGGUCUAAACCUCACCAGCUAUGCUUACAUCAGCACUGUGCUGGACAAGGAUGACAUCUCCAUGACUGAGUCUGUCCAGUCCAAUCAUCUGCUCUCCACUCCGUGUGUGAUCUCAGAGCAGGCUGAGCAUAAGAAGCUGACAGCUACUAUUCCAGCCAUUGUUGUAACCUCCGAGUCCCAUCCUGCCCUCCUGUCUGAAGGGACAAAUGGCCACCUUUCUAAAUGCCUCCCCAACGUUUCUCCAGUGGCCUCUGUCAGCAUGGAGCCUCUUGUGAUGGAUCAAGUGAGCACUUCACAGGCCUGCAAUAAUACUGCCAACAUUACCAUUCCACAGCAUAGAAUCUGAAAAAUCAACUGCCCUGUCCUUAUCUCUCUUACCUUAUCUUCCUUGCACAAGGCUGGAAAUAACCAGCAUGCACCUUUUUGUUUCAUUUUAAAAUGUUAUAACAUCAGUCAUCUUGGUGUGCAGGUUUUGAAACUGUACAUUCACCCUUUUUCAUUCUGUGUGUAUGUACAUGUGUCAUCUUCAAAGAUAAGAGAGCGUUGUGGUACAGCUCAAGGUUUCUGCAGUGUAGAAUGUCUUCCCUGGAGGUUUUCCAGGAAGACAGAACUGCCUGCAGUGAUUUAACUACAAAGUCAGAGCAAAGUUUUCUCCUAUCUACUGCUGACAAAGGAAGCAGCACACCGCAUCUAGCCAAUGCGGAACAAAUACUGCGCUUUUACAGAAAUACAAUGGACAAAAUCACUUGUACGGCAGGGCAAUAAAUCCUCAAAUAAACCCUCAAAUUCCAACCUGGGAGAAUGAAUCACCUGGAGUCUGAAAUUUCAGCAAACUGCUGUUUGUUCUCAAUAUAAGUUUUAUUUCAUCAUCAACUGCUGUUCACUGUUAUGCAGGAGAAUGAUGUUUCAGUGAACUGCUGUUUGUUCACAGUAUACGUUUAUUUUAUCAACCACUGCUUGGUGUUACAGAAUAUAUUUUUAAAAUAAUAUAGAAUGAGAAUGUUCACAGAUAUCUAGUCAGUCACUUUUAAUUUCACUGUGUAUUUUUGUUCAUUUUCUUUGUUUGAUUUGCAUUAUUUCUUAUAACUUGUAAUGUUAUAUUUAGUAUGUGUAGUAAGUAUUCCAGUUUGAGUGUCAAGGUAUGAUCCAGUAUUGUAUAUUGACUAGCAUACGAUCUACUCUCUGAGCACAGAUUGGUGGGUGUUUAUUUGUUCUUAUUUUGGCAGUUGAAACUUAUAUUUCUUUUAGGUAUUCUUAUUAAAUUAUAGAGUAUGGAAAACAAAUGUGGUACUUAAUAGUGAAAGUAGAUCAAAUCAAAAAGAUAUUCAGGAAGUAAAAAAAACAAUUCUUUCCUUGGAUUUUAACCAUCUCCAAGAUAUUACAUUUAUAUUUUGCAUCCAUGAGUCACAAGCUGAACUUAAAUAACUGAAUCUUGAUAUUUGUGAAAGUAAAAAAUAUCUAAAAGUAAUAUGUUAAAUAUCUCACUAGUGUUAUGUUUCUCUAGCCUCCAGUGAAUACAUUUUCAUGAAAGCAGUGUAAUUAUGUGACAUAAUCCACAAUCAGUCAUAAUAUUAAAACCACCUGCCUAAUAUUGUGUAGGUCCCCCUUGUGCUUCCAGAACAGCUCUGACCCAUCGAGGUAUGGCCUCCACAAGACCUAACAAGGUGUAAUGUGGUACCUGGCAACAAGAUGUUAGCAGCAGAUCCUUUAAGUCCUGUAAGUUGCAAGUUGGGGCCUCCAUGGAGCGGACUUGUUUGUCCAGCACAUCCCAAAGAUGCUCUAUCGGACUGAGAUCUGGGGAAUUUGGAGGGCAGGUCAACACUUUGUCAUGUUCCUCAAACCAUUCCUGAACAAUUUUUGGAGUGUGGCAGGGCACAUUAUCCUGCUGAAAGAGGCCACUGCCAUUAGGGAAUACCAUUGCCAUGAAGGGGUGUUUUUGGUCUGCAACAAUGUUUAGGAAGGUGGUGCAUGUCAAAGUAACACCCACAUGAAUGCCAUGACCCAAGGUUUCCCAGCAGAACAUUGCAAGAGCAUCACACUGCCUUGCCUUCUUCCCAUAGUGCAUCCUGGUGCCAUCUCUUCCCCAGGUAAGCGACGCACAUGCACCCGGCCACCUUCUUCCAUUGCUCCAUGGUCCAGUUCUGAUGCUCUGAUGCUCUGAUGCUUCAGCGGUGGACAGGGGUCAACAUGGGCACUCUGACCGGUCUGCAGCUACACAGCCCUAUACUCAGCAAGCUGCGAUGGACUGUGUGUUCUGACACCUUUCUAUCAUAGCCAGCGUUAACUUUUUCAGUAAUUUGUGCUACAGUAGCUCUUCUGUGGGAUCGGACCAGACAGGCUAGCCUUCGCUCCCCACACACAUCAGUUAGCCUUGGACGACCAUGACCCUGUUGCCAGUUCACCAGUUGUCCUUCCUUGGACCACUUUUGGUAGGUACUAACCACUGCAUACCCAGUACACCCCACAAGAGAUGCUUUUGGAGUCAUCUAGCCAUCACAAUUUGGCCCUUGUCAAAGUCACUCAGAUCCUAAUGCUUGCCCAUUUUCCCUGCUUCCAACACAUCAACUUCGAGAACUGACUGUUCACUUGCUGCCUACUAUAUCCCACCCCUUGACAGGUGCCAUUGUAAUGAGAUUAUCAAUGUUAUUCACUUCACCUGUCAAUGGUUUUAAUGUUAUGGCUGAUUGAUAUAGUUUUCAGUAUUGUUUUCUUUUAAAUCACACCACCAUUACUGGAUACUGCUCAUCAGAUGUGAAUCAUUUAUUUACAGUAAAUUAAAUAAGUGCUGCUAGGCUUUAAGCACACUAUACCCUUCAGACGAAGGAUUUUCUUUUUGACUGCAUUUUUGGAAAUACUUUAGUGGGAUUAAUAUGGCAGCCUCACAGGUUCCUGGAGGAUUACUAGAGAAUGCUUUUAACAAGAUUAGUUUUUGUGGAAAGGCUGAUCCAGUUGAUGUUCUUUUCACACAUGCUGUAUCAGGUGGUGGGCUUUAGCACCAUUCAGGUCACUCUCAGCUAUUUUUUGUAUUAUUCCUUUUUUGGAAUGAGAGAUGUGCUCACCUUGUUCUGAUAUGAAAAUGUUUUUGGAUUGUGACAGCAUGUUCAUUAUUAGGGCACUUCAUUAUGUUUGUGGUGAGAUGGCCAGAAUGUUCAAGUGAUUGGCUGGAAUUCACUCAGUGUAAUGCUGACCUUGAUGCUGACACAUGGUUUGUAUCUUAUCAUUCACGGUUAUGCGUUACGUCAGCAGUACUACGUGUUUGUCUACCCAGUGCUUGAUACCAGUUAGAACUGUUCCCCAUGCCUUAAUCAAGUGCUAUGUGUGUUAUUAUUUACAAGUGAUUCAUUCAUUCCAGUGAGAAAGUAAAUUCCUUACACAAUGCUACAUUCUCCAUUUAUUUCCUUCAUCUGUCUUGUGUUAACUUUAUCAUUACAUCUCAUCAGUCUCUUCUCAAUUUUAAUUUAUACAAACACUACCUGUCACAGGUUUGCCCAGACCUGUUUUUUUUACUACAAUAAUAAUAAAGACAUUAACAUUAUCAAAUAAGACAUAUGGAAGUAUAUAAAAAUUCCAUAUGUGUUAUUUCAUUUAUUGGAUUUUACAGUUUAAACUCUUAACACUAUUCCUGGUGAAGCUUUGUACACUCUUGGCUUCUUCUCAAUCAGCUUCAUGAAGAAGCUUCACCAAGGAGGCUCUUUUUAAAGAUCCCAAAUCGGCCUCACUGCUUCUCUUAAAUUCUAAAUGACAACUACUUUUUUAGGGAAAAAUAGAAUUAUAUAUAUAUAUAUAUAUAUAUAUAUAUAUAUAUAUAUAUAUAUAUAUACACUAUAUUACCAAAAGUAUUCGGUCACCUGCCUUGACUCACAUAUGAACUUAAGUGCCAUCCCAUUCCUAACCCAUAGGGUUCAAUAUGAUGUCGGUCCACCUUUUGCAGCUAUUACAGCUUCAACUCUUCUGGGAAGGCUGUCCACAAGGUUGAGGAGUGUGUUUAUAGGGAUUUUUGACCAUUCUUCCAAAAGCGCAUUGGUGAGGUCACACACUGAUGUUGGUCGAGAAGGCCUGGCUCUCAGUCUCCGCUCUAAUUCAUCCCAAAGGUGUUCUAUCGGGUUCCGGUCAGGACUCUGUGCAGGCCAGUCAAGUUCAUCCACACCAGACUCUGUCGUCCAUGUCUUUAUGGACCUUGCUUUGUGCACUGGUGCACAGUCAUGUUGGAAGAGGAAGGGGCCCGCUCCAAACUGUUCCCACAAGGUUGGGAGCAUGGAAUUGUCCAAAAUGUUUUGGUAUCCUGAAGCAUUCAAAGUUCCUUUCACUGGAACUAAGGGGCCGAGCCCAACCCCUGAAAAACAACCCCACACCAUAAUUCCUCCUCCACCAAAUUUCACACUCGGCACAAUGCAGUCCGAAAUGUACCGUUCUCCUGGCAACCUCCAAACCCAGACUCGUCCAUCAGAUUGCCAGAUGGAAAAGCGUGAUUCAUCACUCCAGAGAACGCGUCUCCACUGCUCUAGAGUCCAGUGGCGGCGUGCUUUACACCACUGCAUCCGACGCUUUGCAUUGCACUUGGUGAUGUGUGGCUUGGAUGCAGCUGCUCGGCCAUGGAAACCCAUUCCAUGAAGCUCUCUGCAUACUGUACUUGGGCUAAUCUGAAGGUCACAUGAAGUUUGGAGCUCUGUAGCAAUUGACUAUGAAGAAAGUCGAUGACCUCUUUGCACUAUGCGCUUCAGCAUCCGCUGACCCCUCUCCGUCAGUUUACGUGGCCUACCACGUCGUGGCUGAGUUGCUGUUGUUCCCAAACUCUUCCAUUUUGUUAUGAUAAAGCUGACAGUUGACUGUGGAAUAUUUAGGAGCGAGGAAAUUUCACGACUGGAUUUGUUGCACAGGUGGCAUCCUAUGACAGUUCCACGCUGGAAUUCACUGAGCUCCUGAGAGCGGCCCAUUCUUUCACAAAUGUUUGUAAAAACAGUCUGCAUGCCUAAGUGCUUGAUUUUAUACACCUGUGGCCAGGCCAAGUGAUUAGGACACCUGAUUCUGAUCAUUUGGAUGGGUGACCGAAUACUUUUGGUAAUAUAGUGUAUAUAUAUAUAUAUAUAUAUAUAUAUAUUCUAGCUCCACUCAUAUGUCUCUGUUUAAUAUUCAGAGUAGCCUAGCAAAAAGGACAACCAAAUUCAGCAUUACUUGCUACUGUACUGUGUCAGGUGGAAAAGUGCCAAUGGCUAUCUAAUGUGAGAUGGUUAGAUACAAUCAGCUCCAUAAAUAUUUGGACAGUGACAAAGUUAUUGCUAUUUUAGCGGUCUACCACAGCUGUCUACAAGCCCCCACCCACCUUCCUUUUUAAGGGACCAAAAGUAAUUGGACAAACUAACAGUCAUAAAUUAAAUUGUCAUUUUUAAUACUUGGUUGCAAAUCCUGCCUGAAGUCUGGAACCCACCAUCAUCACCAGACACUGGAUUUCUUCCCUCUGCCAGGUCUUUACUGCAGCUGUCUUCACUUCCUGCUGGGUUUCUUCCCUGGUUGGAUUCCCAGUCCACUUCCCUGGUUCCCUGCUGGGUUUCUUCACUGGUUCUUCCUGCUUGUUUUGGGGGUGUACUGCCUUCACUUUUGCCUUCAGCAAGUGAAAUGAAUGCUUAAUUGGAUUCAGGUCAGGUGAUUGAUUUGGCCAUUGCAGAACAUUCCACGUCUUUACCUUAAAAAAGUCUGGUUUGCUUUUGAAGUAUGCUUCGCCUCAUUGCCCAUCUGCACUGUGAAGUGCCGUCCAAUGGGUUUUGAAGCAUUUGGCUGAAUCUGAGCCAAUAGUAUAGCCCUACACACUUCAGAAUUCAUCCUGCUGCUUUUGUCAGCGGUCACUUCAUCAAUAAAUACAAAGAAACCAGUUCCACUGGCAGCCAUACAUACUCACAUUAUAAGAAGAGGUGGUAUGCUUUGGAUCGUGAGCAGAUCCUUUCUUUCUCUAUACUCUUCUCUUUCCAUCAUUCUGGUACAAAUCUGUACAAGUCUUCUGGGCCUUUUGGUCUCCCUGAGCUCACCAGUGCUUUCUUUCAUUUUAAGAAUAGUUGAUUUGGCCAAACCUGCUGUCUUUCUGAUGGGAUCCCUCUGAAUAUACUGCAAAUGAGAUCAGUCCAUCCACUGAUAAAAGGCUGGAGACAUUGUGUUUUGUGUAUAUUUUGUUGCAUUAAUCUCUCUUUCUGAACAGUGUGUUGUAGAUGGUAAAGUUUAAAAGAAUGGUUUGUGUUUGUUGUAACUUGUCCUUUCAUUUAUUUAUUGUCUGUGUAUAUAUUUGUGUAGUCUCCUUUACUUAUGCUAGUCUAAAUACUCGAGUAAGUUAUUAUUGCUUCCAGAACAUAAAUGUAAAACAAGGUAGCUUAAGUUAUGUCAUAAGAAUGUGACUUUAUCUUUGCAUUUUUUUUAUUGUAGACAAACCAAUUAAUAAUCCAGAAAGUUCUCUCAACUGUAUACCUCAAUGAAUCAACUAGUGUGAUUCUGAUUCCUGUCUGAGGCUUGUGUAUACUGUUUUUCUCACAUCCUAACAAUACCCAAAACUCAAUAUUUCAUUUUUAAUGUGUAUAAUUUAACUUUUGCAUCCCAGAUUACAUGGUAUGACCAUUCAAGUAUUAAAUAAAUUAUAUUUAGUCCAUAUAUUUUUAGUGUAAAUCUGAUACAAUGUUAUUUAUGGUUUCAAUUGUUUAUAUUGUUUAUAUAUUUUAUUAAACAAACC